UCGCGUGGAUCCAAACAUAAUUCUUCCUGAGAUCUAUAUGCAGUCGGUUGUGUGGUUCGCUACUGUUCCGUUGAUGUCAUUUGAAUGUAUCGAGUGGUAUGCUACCGAUAGGUAUAGGCGACAGUUCGGUUUAGUUCAGGGAGUACCUCAGCAGGAGCAGAAUCUGGACAAGGCGCAUGGAGAAAUCCUGACUGGUCCUAAGAAUCUUAACUGGGCCACAACACCGAGUCAUUCAAACUGGGUUAUGCAUUGGACAAACAGGUAUCACUACGUUCUUUCUGAGCUUCCCAUGCCUUCACAACAUCCACUGAAAACUUAUAUGUACUGGUACCGGUCAAAAUAUGGGGACCACUUGAACUUGUCGAAUCUUGUGGGUCAAGAAAGUGAUGAGGAUAAUCAGGAUAUGGAUGAGGGUAAUCAGGAUAUGGAUGAUGGUGGUGAGGGUAUGGAUGAGGAUAGUCAGGAUGCGGAUAAUGACAAUGAGGAACUGGAGCCACAGUCGGUGCCACCUCCUACUUCGAAUCCACUUCCGCAAGAACAACCUCAAUUCUCAAGCCAGUAUGUACCUCAGACACAGUUCUCCCCGUCAUUUCCAAUGCCUCAACAGUAUUGGGGUAUGUCACAGUUUGAACCCGGAGAAGGAGGUUCUUUUAGCCAGUUGCUUGAGUUCAUGGCUGGAGAUGCAGGACAACCACAAUAUGGCAACCAGCCUGAGUUCUUGGCAGGUAGGUAUUCAUUGGAUGCGAGGCUCCCGUGCCAUCCCUCAUCGGUCGCUUCCGGAGGGUUCGUAUCUGUUGACUCUAGUAGAAGUGUAGGUGGACGCGAAGUUCUUAAUAGUCAAAAUCCUAACCGUGUUGACAUGAGACCACUACAAGAAGAUGCUAACCCAGUCGAGCAAGAUACUAAUGUGUAUCUAGUAGAUGACCCGGAUGACGAGGACGAUGAUGAUGAUGACGAAAUAGAGGAGUCCGAUGAGGAUGAGGAAUCCCGCAAUGAUGGCCGGUCACAAACUCCGGAUGACAAAGGCAAAGGUUACAAUUUGAGGAUUGAUCCACCUCGUCGUAGCGCUAACCGCUACACGCCAUCUGUGUUCAAAAAGGCCGCAAAAAAUGCAAGAACUUCGUGAAUGAUGUAAAGUGGACAAUGAGAAAGUAGUUGUGGUGUAAUAUUCUUA